AUGGAGGUGAAUCGGUCCUACUCGCCGUGUAAUUCGCAAACUCAGGGCAACGUGAAAACUACGCAGUAUACAGGAGUGGAUAAAGAUCAGCUGUCUCAGGUAUCCCAACGAUACCCAACACAAUGGAACACCAAGGCGGGGGCAAAAAAGUCUUUCGUAUGGAAGUAUUUUUUUCAUCCAGAAUUGGAUUCUGGUCUCAAUGACCUGACACACACCCAGUGCAUAUUAUGCCACAGUCAGCUGGCGUUCAACACGUCGGGUACAACCACCACCAUGCUAAACCAUUUGAAAAGCAAGCACUCAAAAAUAGCGGAGCGGGAACAGCAGCGGCAGUACCAUCAUUUCGACACAAGUGCCGUCACCUCAAGUGGAAGUAGUUUAUUCGUGUCACCGCGACAGCCAAGCCACUACGCAAUGCUUCCUCGAGCGACAACGCUCACUUGCUCGUCCGCGACGCGGUAUGUUAGCAGGGCGGUUGGUUUUAGCGCCGUAUCAAGCAGACGGCCCAAAACUGGAAGGGCACGACGAGGGCAGAGAGGACGUCCUCCGAAGGUGUGGAAAAGGAUGCAUUCAGACUUGAGCUCUUCACGUUCCUCUGGACAAGAGCAGACAACGGCGUGGCAACUCCGAGAGGAAGUAGGGUCAGAUCCUGAGUACACUUCCUCGCCAGUGAAUCUAAGUGGUGUCCGUUGCUUACAUCCGUGGAAUUACAGUGGCCAUUAUAAACCUACUUAUGGCACUGCAAUGCUUUCCGAUCGUCGCCACGCGUUACGUUUCCGGGGGACAAAAAGACAAAUCGACUGUCCGAACGGUAACUUCGAAGUGUGCCAGGAUCCAACGGACACAUUUGACUUGUCAAAAUGGAUGCCAUUCAUGAGGAAACCGCACUCACAAUCGGAGUAUGAACAUACUACGAGGCAAUUACAUGAGAGUGUACGAGAGUCCACCCCCAAUGGAAGGGCUAUUUCAGUUUCAGGAAGAUCACCAACCGAUCUCAAAAACAAACACUCAUCGGACCAGGUGACGUAUUCUGGUACUUCAAGCUGUGCAAGCCCAUCUCAUCACUACCCCACUGAGUUAGCUUUCCUUCGCGAAUUCCCGGGGAUGGGUACAACCGGUACUUUACCUUGGAGCCAAGUCAGAUCCGCAGGUAACAACUUUUCCCCACCACUCAGCAAUCUCAAUGGCCAUAUGAGCCAUAAUAUGGCAUCGUACAUGGCGCCCAGUCAAGGACAAUCACGUCACCCAUUUUCUCUAUCACCAAUGGCAGCCACUAGCCUCCAUAAUAGUCCAAGGAUGUGCUCAAUUCCUUGGGGUCAUCCCCACCUCUGGCCCGUAUGGGCGCGAAUGCCAAUGGCCUACUCCGGACAGAUAAGCGAACGUCAAUUAGGACCUCAAAAUCGUCAACAAAACUCCUCUCUACAAUGCAUCGCCACCAUGGAGACAAGUCAACCGCUGGAUUUGAGCUGUAAACCGCGCCAACAGGAGCCUGUCCGUGAGCGGUUCACAGCUGAUCAGGUCUCAUUAUGUGGACCCAUCGAUUUAGCUUUACCUCAUUCGGUAGAUUCAAUAGAUGUUUGGUCCGUCUUGAUGAACUUGAUACAGUCGCCAAGCGGGUCCUUGUCAUCAGCGUUAUUUCAAGCUUCGGGUGAAGGAGGUCUGACAUAUCCAACCGGUGUCACUAACGGGCCCCUCACUGGUUCAAUAAUGACCCGAAAACGACCACAACCGACACAUCCUGUACCGAAAGAAAAGCAGAAGCUUGACUCUCCUGACGUUCCGAACUUCCCAGAGUCGGAGAUCGAUGAUAAUGUGGACCACACCACAUUUUUGCAUCCGCCACUUUCACCAAACCGAGUCAGUCUGCACAGCACCGUUAGUAACACUCCAGCUGUUGCGCGCAAAGGCAAGGUGCAUCUGUGCCAACAAGACACCCCUACUUCGGAGGGCGAGUUUUGUCAGUGGUUGAUGUAUGCUUUCAUCAAGGCGCUCUACCCUCCAAAUGUGUUAGAGGACCCAAGUUACGCGGCAUAUUUGAAGUCCUCUGUGCCGGAUGAACACCACAGUGGUUCAAAUGGUCGCCUCCUCGGCAUGCCCCAUGCUCCGCAUAUGCGAAAUCGGAUGCUGCGAAAAUUGAUGCAGAAGGCUAAAGCACGUCUUUUGAGUACCAUCCGGCACAGAAUUGACACCUUACCUCAUAUCGCCGCCCUAUGUGUUCCCCCCGUGUCAAUCACUGCGAUUGCAUGGAGUCGUCAUCUUAACUCGACUGAGGCUGAGACCAGAUCACCGUUGGACUCAGUCAACACGGAGUCUGAAACGUGGUAUGUAGAUAUUCGGAUCAAUGUGCCACCGAAUGAAUCAUAUGCGGACCACAGUUAUCUAUACUGUACACAAAAGGUGGUCCCAUCGGCUUCCACCUUACACGCUACGGUCCGGAACGCGUAUAUGCAAACGCAAUCUGCCACUGUGACAAUCGAGAGACAUUGGUACCCAAUAAUGACCACUCAUCCGCUACUUUUGAAGAACUUGCUUCAGGAGUUUCCGGAUGAGGAUGAACUGGUCGUCAUUCCUUGUCUGUGCACCAGUAUAGUCGCCGCGACUGAGCUUCUGAACGGAGCGGUUGUUCUACUCUUGGACAAACGAUACCUUCCAACAGCCUCCAUGAUCCUUCCAUUCCUUCACCGCCUGUGUGAGCGACUUCAUGAACUCGCCAUGACGACUCCGUCGAGGGUAAAAAGCAUCAACGAGGCAUGCUCCAACGCGACUACCCGUUCUUUCGCAGUUGUGUCCGAGUUUGUCCACUGUAUCUGUGGGCAUCUGAGUGCACUGUACACAGGGGAGGAAAAGCUACACAAAACGCUUAUAUUAGCCACUCUCACAGAUCCUCGAAUCAAUUCGAACUGCCUGCGAACACAAUGCAAGGCUGGCCCUUGCCCUCUUGUGAGACAACUCAGUACAGUCACAGGUUGUGGGGCGGAAACACAGUGGAUGCCUCUGUCGAUGAUCCCUGACAACGUUUUGUCCGAAUUGGAAAAAUGGAAUACGAGGAUGCCCACGGAAUUCCACGAGGAUCCCACUCGCUGGUGGUCCACACACGCUGAGGAACUUCCAACGUUGGCCAAAUUUGCUCACAAGUACUUAUCCAUACCGGCUACUGCAUGUUCAUGGCGAAUGGAGGCCGGUUUGCCUAACACCUUCGUGGCCCAUUUCGACGACCUGAUCGAUCUGUUACAGCCAAAUGACCUACCGCUAAGUUCAAUCUGGUUUCAUUCGCCAGCUACAAGUCACUUAAUCCAGGGGUCCGCUGUUCCAGAAAGUGAUAUUCCCGAUUACCACUUCAUGUGGCACAACUGGAAAUUUACUCAACCUGAUGACCUUCGGAAAUGUGAUUUGGAAGAUCGGGAUGCAUCACCGGAUGAAAUCAAACAGUCCCCGUCAGCCGUCUCCUCAGUCCUCUACAGGAGCACACAAUCCUGAGGGCUACUUCGAAGACAACAUCUAGACUGUGACAGAAAACCAAAGGCUAGUGAGCUGCGAAUCGCCAAAUUCAACGUGAUAUUGCUUACAUUCCAUAUCUCCCGUACAACGGCAGUUUCUUUUAAUUUUUUCUGACAUUCCAACCGGUCACAUGUCACCGAUCUUGUUUCACCAUCUGGCAGCCUAUGAGAUUUGUACUAUUUU